CCAAAAUGGAGAGAGAGAAAGAGAGAAAAUCUGAACUGAGCUAAAAAGGAUUACGUACGUACUAGCCUCAUAUCCUCAAGUUUCAAUCUCUCUGUCUCUCAUUCGGACCAGAAAAGAAUCAAGGAAAAAAAAUCCGCAUUAUAAUUCCCUAAAUACUUGAAAAGGUGUCGUGAAUUUGUGACACUCCUACCGUAUCUGCAAUCGAUUGAUCUGAUAUUGUAUGUAUGAUUGGUUAUACAAUCGAACCUAGUAAGGUUUUGGACCAGUCCAGUUUUGCAAGAAUUGACCCAAACCGUUGCUUGUAUACGUGUCUGUAGGAGUUGUGGUGGAGGUGAUUGUGUUGACAAAAACUAUUCGUCUGAACUGGAUCUGAAACCCUAAAAUGGUGUUUAGAUGAGCAAUUCCUGUGAAUUGGAUGAGAGAUCUCAAACCCUAAUUCAACAGCUUUGGGAACUCAAGAACCGUCUUGCUGACCAGUCAAAGCUAUCUUGAAGGAGAGUAAAAGCACAAUUACCAGGAUGCCCUAAAGAUUAUGGAAAACGUCAAAGAAUCUUGUGCCCGGUUGAUUGCUGUAAGGAACUGAUUGCUAGAGGUUAUACAAGAAAGUUCAAUCUUUUUCAAGUGUCCCAGUUCCAACUGUUCAGUUAGAUUAUAUACAUUACCCUGAAACAUGCAUGCAAGACAUCGAAGCCCUGGAAAUGGAACUAGGUCUACUUAUAUGGGACUGGGUGGUGUAGCUGCCACCUCUCGGAUUUCACCUGAAGGCUCAUUUAGAAAUCAUGGGAUAAAUAAUCCCGAUUAUCGUGGCUAUAAUCGGAGUUUUGGGCGUGGCCAGUCAAAGCCCUUUCAACCACCGCGGCCUCCACCACGUAGGGGUGAUAUUUUUGUGGAAGCAGGUCGAUUAGCAACUGAAUAUCUGGUUUCUAAGGGGUUACUGCCGCCUAAUGUACUUUCAGGGAAGUGGCAGAAUGGUAGUUUGAAAGUGGGGGAGUUUCCGGGUUUUAGGGCACAAGAAGCAGAGAAUUUGCUUCUUCCUAUGGAGGGCCGGACAUCAGCUCUUUCUCGUUUGGGGAACGCCGGUUCUGAUGUAGGGUCUGGUAGGAGAAGGUUUCCUGAUGAAUAUAACUCGGCAGGGUUGAGCAGUUAUAUCAGAGGAAGGAAAAGAACAGGAUCUUUCAAGGACUAUGGCUUGGAGUGGAGCCGAGAGCCUGGAAGAAUUGGGUCAUCAUCUGAUAAAGCUAGGGCUUCUCCUGAUGUGGAGGGCAAUGAUGAUGCUUUUUCUGGAUACCUGGAAGAGCAACAAGUUAAUAAUGAUGGUAGCAGUGGGGUGCAGAAGUCUCCACCCGAUGACUUAGCACCAGAAAGUGAUGGUGUGGGAGAUUCAGAGUCUGCUUUAGAAAAAUACCAGUUACCAGAUAAUGUGAGCUCAAAGGGGAGUUCUCCUAGUACUGGGAAAGAUCUCCAGCUCGAGGCCAAUAUGGAGUCCAUUGAGAGGACCGAUGACAUGACAAUGCCGAAUAUGGAUGCCAGAGAAGUGAAGGAUGGCAGUAGUAAUGAUGAAAAGGAGAAACAAAGUGCCAUGGAAAACACACCCAUCCAUCAUUGUGGAGGGGAGGUUGAUAUUCCAAGCAAGAGUGGCAAUGAUUUAUUGCGGCUUUGCAGCUUUGCCAAAGUGCCCACCAGAAUUCGUUCCUCGUUGACAACCAGGGGUUCAAAGCUUGACCCCGUUCCUAUUACCAAAGACGAGAACACCCAUGAGAAUGAACUUCCAAUAGGACCUGGAGCUGCCGUCGAAGAACUUCCUGUCGGUGGCUCCUCAGGUGAUGCUUCGUCAAAUCAAACUCAAAGUUCAGAAGGCAUUGGCUCUGACGCUUUAAAAGCUCCUGCCGUACAGGAAGCUGGGGAAUUGGCUCUUGCAUAUGCUGUGGGCCAGGGAAAAUGCACAAGGUCUAAAUCUUUCCCAGAGAGAACUUUUAUGAAUGAGCUAGAAUCAAAUGUGGGGCCUCCUGGGUUUAUGGAGAGAGGUGAAAAAAGAGUAAUGCACGACGAUGAGAGCCGGGAUGGAACUAAGAAGCUUAGAGAAUGGGCUCCCUCGAUAGAUACUCCAGAUGAUGACUGCUUGCGCCUUUCUAACUCGAUGGAAAAGCAGCAGACUUCAAAAGAGAGAACGAACACACCUGGUGAGGGAGUAAUUUUGGCUGCUGAUCAGACGAGGGUGGACAUUUCUCUCUUUCCUAAAUGUGGCGCAGAGCAGUGCAUUGAGUAUGCAGAAGAGAAGCAACUAAUUCCUGGUUCAUUUAAGACUUUCGACCUCAAUCUUAUGGAAGCUUCUGAUGUGAAUGAGAAUCAGAACUCUGAUACCAUGCUUAUCUUUCCAUCUAUUACGGAAAGUGAAAAAGCAGCGGCACCAGUUGAUAUUGAUUUAUCCAUGAGUAAUAAAGGGGAGAUAUCAGACAAAUAUGGUAGACAUGGAGCCAAUGGUAAAGAAAUUGAGGUGAUUGACUUGGAAAAUGAUUCCAUACAAGAAGACAAGGCCUUUAACGAUUCAGAGAGAAAGGAUGAAACUGUAUAUACAGGCCUUGAGAGCUUUCCCACCCAUGCACAUAAUUCCAAUGAUAUGCCUGACGUUCAGGAUGGUUACGGACUUAUGAUAUCAGAGUUGCUUGGAAAUGAUAUCCCUAGUUGUUCUUCUGUAUCAGCAGACAUUAAUUUUUUGCACAAUGACAUGGGCCUUGACAAUGGAGAGGGUAUUCUUGGUGAUGAUGAUUCAAUAUAUAUGUCCCUCGGUGAAAUACCAUCAAGUAUGCCUGAACUUUAA